CGCGAGACCACCAAGAUGCAGCGGGGAAGGGCAGCGACAGUCCACGCUACAGCUCACGUGCUCAUGCGUCGCGGUCGAGCGCAGCAGUCGGGCAGUGCAGCGGGUGCAGAGGGAAGUAUCCGCGGCUAUGUUGUCUGUCGUGUGCUGUCCUGUCUCCGGGGAGCCCGUGCGACGUCGGGCGAUGCAGGCCUGCAGAUGGGGUGCAGUGUACAGCAGCAGCAAAGCCGGACUGGCAAGGGAAUAUCGAUAUAGGGGCCGCGUAACGGGCUGUUGGGUGAAGCGUGGUGGACGGGUUCGAUGGUCUAAGAUUCCAGGAGCGGGAGGUCGUCGGCGCUGGCCUGGCCUAGUCGUUCGCUUGCGCAGACUACAGGUGAUAGGUAUGACGCUGGGUGGAACGAGCAGCGGUGCAGCAGAACAGUUGUUCGAGCAAGAUGUUCGUGAUGAUUUUGCGUGCACUGAGAAGCACUACAAAAAGCAACAACCUCGAAUCGUAGACAUUUCCUUGUGGCGCGGUGCACCGUUUAGUUAUCGGUCACGUGGUCAGCAUCAGUGAACGUGAGGCUUGAGAGCUAGAGUUCGUGCAAAAGUCAAAAUUUGCCCCUCGAAAUAGCUUCCAUUUAUGUGCCAUGUAGGCUGGGGGUUUUCUCCACGGGGGCUGCAAUAUCGUCCAGUCGACGUGUGUUUAUGGAAGUGUACAUCCACAUCUGCGGAGCUCACUUGGCGGCAGCUGGCACAGACCACUACAGCUAAGGUGGAG